CUUGGCCAAAAUAUGGAGUAUAUAUCUAUUACACCAAGGAAUUAUGAGCACGGAGUAGAAGCCAGCCUCCUCGGCUUCAAGAGCCGCAUUUGAGCAUAAUGCCACCGGUAUCGGUUUCCUUAAACGGAUUAGUGCCCAGUCAUAUAGACAACCCCGCGCGAGCAUCAUCAUCAUCAUCCUGUCACCAGAAUCCGACACAUUCAUUACCACAUGAGAUACAAUCCCAAUCUCGUCCCAAAAUGAAUCACAUCUAUCAGUAUGGCGUCUUCAGCGCCCUGAUGCAGGGCUUCUCCUCCGACGGAGCGACCGUCUCCAAUGUCCUCUCCAGAUGCAACCACGGCCUUGGCACCGUCUGCGGCCUGAACGGCGAGAUCGUCAUAAUAGACGGCGAGGCCUAUCACUUUACCCCAGACAAUCAACUACACCGGCUGGCGCCCACAGACCAUCUACCAAUGAUCGUCGCCACGGACUUUCAGCCCACGCUGACCAAACCCCUGGACACGUUGCGCAUGGACACCCUACAGGAAGCCCUGCAUCCAUUCUUCCCCGCCAAUCAGAAUAACUUUAUCGCCGUCCGCGUGGACGCCACGUUCAAGAAGAUCGUGUACCGCAUCGGUGGCCCGCAGAUCCGCCCACGGGAGCCGUUGCUAGAACUGUCUAAGCGCCAGGUCAUCAAGACGUACGACAAUGUCGCCGGCACGCUGUUCGGGUUCUAUUCCCCGCCGUACACGAACGGGAUCUGCGUCGCCGGCUUUCAUCUGCAUUUUCUGUCUUCAGACCGCCAGGCUGGUGGUCAUGUCUUGGAGUUUGAGGCUGAGAAUGUCGAGUUGAAGGCCGCAGUCAACACGCAUGUGCAUCUGGAGUUGCCUGCGUCGGAGGAGUUCAACCAGGAGUUGAUGCAGCCGGACUUGGCAAAGGACUUGCAUCUAGCUGAGUAACUUGGUGUCUUGGCGAUGGAUGGUAGCUUAGAGGUCCGAUUACUCGAAUAGAGCUGGGGCUCGCUGGCUGGGUUUCGCAGAGACUUUUAUAUCCUUGCUGGCGGUUCCGCCCUUGUGGUUUAUGGUGAAAGGUUACUCUUUUCAUAGGUAGUCUACACUAGCUAGACUGACUUGAUUCUUGUGUAUUUAUGACUGCAUCAUACCCAUCGAUCUUCGAAUCGAUGUAGUUCUUUGCUCUAUCUUGGGUGGCUUCUUGUAGCGCAGCCUGGGAAUGACGUCAUUACACGGAAAACUCGUGGCGAGCUACGAAAAGCACACCUGUUUUGAACGAAUCUUGAGAAUGAGAACUUGG